UUCUUGAGCCAUUGUAAUCCAAUCCAAUCCGAGCGUUGUGUUUCUCGUGUUUCUGCGUGGUGCCACCAGCUAUGUGCCGGAAUAAGUUGUUUUUAGUUAUGAGCUCUUUAUUUUGAACGUAGGAACCUUUCUGGACGAGAUACGGCAUUCCUGCGUAAAUUCUACCGAGCCGCCACAAGAAAGUGACCGUCCGUCUUGUGUGACCUCGAAACAACCACCUUCGCCUCCGUGCGUCGGGGCACGCCGCGGUCGCAUUUGAAGCGACAAAGUGUUCCUUCUUUGGUGAAGCGGUUUUCCCAGGAAUUCGACGCAAUGUUCAGAAGAUCCGUGAGUUUCGUCCGAAGCCACGUUCUGCGAUCGUUUUCGAGCCAACCAGUUGUGCCCGUCACUCCCAUCGUCAAGAACCCUGCUUCGCAAGGCGCGGGGACGAUCAAGUUGGAACAGAGUACCGUGGAACUUCUGGAACGUCUGUCCCUCGUAGACUUCAGCAAUGCGGAAGCCGUAUCGCGCCUAGAAGAGGCUGUGAAAUUCGCCAGCGUCAUUAUGAAUGUGGACACUACUGGUGUUCGGCCGAUGGUGACUCCGCUAGAGGACACGGUGCUGCGACUGAGAGACGAUGUGGCCGAAAAGUGUUCUUCGGAAGACGUCCUCAAGAACGCCGCCGUAAUCGAAGAGGACUACUUCGUAGCGCCUCCAGGCAACAUCCCGUUGGAACCGAAGGCAAAUUAUGGUCUCGGGAACUCGUAACGCCGGUGAUAGUCUGUAAAUCAAAAGUUGUCAUUGAUGAACAAUAAAACAAAAAGUCAAAACUUGGUAA